UCGUGUCCACAGCCCACAACUAAAGCACGCUUACCUUACGCAGUCUCGGCUGGGACAACAUACUCGUCUUCCUCCGCUACGGCCCCGAAUUCCACGUCCAGCGCAAGCUCAUGCAGCAGCCCUUGACCCGCCAGGGCGUCAUGGUCUUCCGCCCCGUCCAGCUGGAGCAGUGCCACAUCUUACUCAAGAACCUGCUCAGCAGUCCUGAGCAUUUUGAAGCGCAUAUACGCAGGUAUUUACAGCCCACUGUUCCGUCUGAGGCCGGCACCGACCGUGAUCGCAGGUUUACGUCGGCCAUUACGCUCGAGAUGACCUACGGACACAAGGUCAGCUCGGAUGACGACGCGUACCUACACAUCGCCGACCGCGUGAAUAUCGUCUCGACCAAGAUGUCCAAGGCUGCCAUACUUGAUUUGUUUCCGAGCGGUACGCUUAUGCAAAUCUGGUUUGGCCAGACGGGCAUUGCUGAAUGCUGACAGCAAAACACCUCCCGUCGUGGUUUCCCGGAGCAUGGUUUAUCCGCUAUGCCAAUGGUGAGUAUGACAUACUCGACA